AUGGAGCCCCAGAAUCUAACAGCUGUCUCAGAAUUCUUCCUUAUGGGCCUUUCUCAGGAUCCAGAACUGCAGCCUCUCCUCUUUGGGCUGUUCCUGUCUAUGUACCUGAUCACUGUGGCUGGGAACCUGCUCAUCAUCCUGGCCGUCACCUUUGACUUCCACCUCCACAUACCCAUGUACUUCUUCCUCUCCAACCUGUCCUUGACAGACAUCGGCUUCAUCUCUACCACAGUCCCCAAGAUGCUUGUGAAUGUCCAGACACAGAGCAAAUCCAUCACUUAUGUAGGCUGCCUAGCACAAGUGUCAUUUUUUAAUCUCUUUGGAUGUCUGGACAGUCUACUCCUCAGUGUGAUGGCUUAUGAUAGGUUUGUAGCCAUCUGUCACCCUCUGCAGUACACAGUCAUCAUGAAUCCCCACCUCUGUAGCUUAGUAGUUUUGGUAUCAUUUUUCAUUAGCCUUUUGUACUCCCAGCUGCAGCUUUCAUUGGUCUCACAAAUUACCUUUUGUGCAAAUGUGGAAAUUCCUAGUUUCUUCUGUGAGUCUCGUCAACUUUUGAACCUUGCCUGUUCUGACACCUCCACCAAUGCCAUAUUAUUACGCUGUAUUUGUGCCAUAUUUGGUGGUGUUCCACUAUUAGGAAUCCUUUUCUCCUAUGUACAAAUUGUUUCCUCCGUUUUGAGAGUCUCAUCGUCAGGUGGGAAGUAUAAAGCUUUUUCCACCUGUGGCUCUCACCUGUCAGUUGUUUGCUUAUUUUAUGGAACAGGCCUUGGAGUGUACCUCACUUCAUCUGUCUCAUCUUCUGCCAGGAAGGGGGCAGUGGACUCAGUGAUGUAUACUGUGCUUACCCCGAUGCUGAAUCCCUUCAUCUACAGCUUGAGGAACAGGGACAUCAAGAGAACCUUGGGAAGACUCCUUAGCAGAAUAGCCUGA